UAUGUAUUGAAAACACAAAUGAAAUGCAAAGCAUGAUGGGAUUUGAUUACAAUUUAGCUCAUAUCUUAUUAUCGUUGUGACAGCUGCCUUUCCGUGCACAAACACGGAAGCAGUAUGGCGUCAAACAACAAUAGCUCCGACAGGCAACGAAUUGCACAGCAAAGAUUAAGCAGAAUUGCAGCGCAUUUACAUAAACAUGAGGACGGUAACUCGGGAAUUAUCGCAAAAGAAUGCAAAAUUGAUGCGACUGGUUCACCGGAAGAGAAUAAAGGGACGGUGCCGAGAAAGAGGCAGGAGAUUAUGAAGUGGAAUGGCUGGGGGUACAGUGACUCCAAAUUCCUCUUUAACAAGAAGGGUCAAGCAGAGUUUACAGGCAAAAGGUAUAGGCUAAGUGGGAUGACCCUGCCCAGAUUGCAGGACUGGUUUGAAAAUACCUUUGGUGCCAGUGUGAAGCAUAAAAGCCCUGCGACACCAGUCCUGAAUGCCAGCGUUGUGCCGCCGCCCAGACUGAACGAGGCAUUCGUAGAGAACCUGAAGGCCACAGGCAUCCCAUUCUCCAAUGAGGCGGAGGACAGGGUGUUCCGUGCCCACGGUCAUUGCUUACAUGAAAUCUUUGCUCUCAGAGAAGGGAAGAAAUUUGAGCGUGUUCCAGACAUGGUGGUGUGGCCAAACUGCCACAAAGAUGUGGUGAAAAUUGUGGAGCUGGCGUGCAAGCACAAUGUUUGUCUGAUACCGUACGGCGGAGGUACCAGUGUGACCAGUGCUCUAGAGUGCCCCCCGGAGGAGACCCGCUGCAUCGUCUCUCUGGAUACUUCCCAGAUGAACCGCAUAUUGUGGCUCGACGAGAAUAAUUUAGUCGCCCACGUUGAAGCUGGCAUCAUCGGUCAGGAUCUGGAGAGAUUACUCAACGAGAGUGGCUACUGUUCGGGGCAUGAGCCAGACUCCAUGGAGUUCAGUUCGCUGGGCGGCUGGGUGGCUACUAGAGCAUCGGGCAUGAAGAAGAACGUAUAUGGUAACAUUGAGGACCUGGUGAUCCACAUAAAGGCGGUGACCCCUCGAGGGGUGAUCGAGAAGAGCUGCCAGGGGCCACGCACGUCCACUGGGCCAGACAUCCACCACUUCAUCCUGGGCUCAGAAGGAACCCUUGGUGUGGUUACCGAGGUAACGAUGAAGAUCCGACCAAUCCCAGAGUACCAGAAGUAUGGCUCGGUGGUCUUCCCUAACUUUGAGGCAGGCGUGGCCUGCUUGCGAGAGGUUGCCAAGCAGAGGUGUGCACCGGCCUCCAUCCGGCUCAUGGAUAACAAACAGUUUCAUUUCGGUCAUGCCCUGAAACCUCAAGUGUCGUCCAUUUUCACACAUUUUGUUGAAGGGUUAAAGAAGUUCUACAUCACCAAGUUGAAAGGUUUCGACCCCCACCAGUUGGUGGUUGCCACCCUUCUCUUUGAAGGGGACCGCGAGAGGGUCUUGCAGCAUGAAAAACAAGUUUAUGACAUCGCAGCAACAUUUGGGGGCCUGGCAGCUGGAGAGGACAAUGGGCAGAGAGGCUACAUACUGACCUUUGUCAUCGCUUACCUCCGGGACUUGGGGAUGGACUACUGUGUGGUUGCAGAAUCCUUUGAGACAUCGGUGCCUUGGGACAGGGUAUUGGACCUUUGCCAGAAUGUCAAGGAGAGAAUUAUCAGAGAGUGUAAAGAAAGAGGAGUCCAGUUUCAACCGUUGACCUCAUGCAGAGUGACUCAGACCUAUGACUCUGGCGCAUGUAUAUACUUCUACUUUGCCUUCAACUACAGAGGACUGGCGGAUCCAGUCCAUACAUACGAACAAGUGGAGCAUGCUGCCAGAGAGGAGAUCCUAGCCAAUGGAGGAAGCCUCUCGCACCACCAUGGAGUUGGGAAACUUCGUAAGGAGUGGAUGAAGGACAGCAUCUCUAACGUGGGCGUCGGGAUGCUCAAGUCCGUUAAGGAAUAUGUGGACCCGGAAAACAUUUUCGGCAACCGAAACCUCCUCUAAUUUAUUUACAUGACAUUUUUUAUAACAACCUCUUGGAAUAAUGGGUUACUAAAUAUGACGAGCAGUAUCAAUGUCUUUCACCUUCGGGGUGACUUCGUUGUGCAGUCAACAUCAGUCGGAUGACUUGCCUUGCAUUACAUUACUGCACUUAACGUGCUGGGGCGGCAGGGUAGCCUAGUGGUUAGAGCGUUGGACUAGUAACCGAAAGGUUGCCAGUUUGAACCCCCGAGCUGACAAGGUACAAAUCUGUCGUUCUGCCCCUGAACAGGCAGUU